AUGGCUGUGAUCACUACACCUAUUACUGAGCUCUUCGGGAUCAAGCAUCCCAUUCUCCUCGCUGGAAUGAACGUCGCUGCUGGCCCUGAGCUCGCAGCGGCCGUCACUAAUGCGGGAGGACUGGGAGUCAUCGGUGGUAUUGGAUACACACCCAAGAUCCUCCGCCAGCAGAUUCAACUCCUGAAGAAGGACUUGAAGAACCCCAAUGCGCCGUUCGGCGUCGACCUGCUCUUGCCCCAAGUCGGCGGCAGUGCGCGCAAGACCAACACCGACUACACCAAAGGCCAGCUCCCAGAGCUAAUCCAAGUCAUCAUCGAGGAAAAAGCGACGCUCUUCGUCUCCGCAGUGGGCGUCCCGCCCGCCUGGGCCGUGCAGGAGCUGCACAAAGCGGGCAUCCUCGUGAUGAACAUGGUCGGGCACCCGAAGCACGUGAAGAAGGCGCUGGAUGUCGGCGUUGAUCUCAUCUGCGCGCAGGCGGGCGAGGGAGGAGGGCACACGGGUGAUAUUGCGGCGAGCAUUUUGAUCCCGGCGUGUGUGGAUGCUGUGAAGGGCGCUAAGAGCCCGUUGACGGGGAAGGAUGUGUAUGUGGUCGGUGCGGGCGCGGUGUUUGAUGGACGUGGGCUUGCUGCGAAUUUGGCGUGGGGCGCUCAGGCUGUUUGGGUCGGAACGCGCUUUGUGGCUUCAGUUGAGGCUGGUGCGCCUAAGCUCCAUAAGGAGCUCGUUGUCAGCGCUGGAUUCGAGGACGUUGCGCGCACAGUCAUCUUCACUGGUCGUCCCAUGCGCGUCCGCAAGACGCCCUACGUCGCCGACUGGGAGGAGAACAGACAGGCUGAGAUCAAGGAGCUGACGUCCAAGGGUAUCAUCCCCCACUACAAUGAGCUCGAGAAGCACCCCGAGAAGUCUGUUGCGGGACGACCCUGGCUCAUGGGCAGCGUUUCGUCUGUGAUCAAGGAUAUCCUCCCUGCGCAGGUUAUCGUGGACAACAUGGUCCGCGACGCCGCUGCGAUUCUGCAGCGCAAUGCUGGGCUUGUCAAGGUCGGGCCUAAGCUGUGA